AUGUUCUAUCUUGGCAGCUUUAGCUUACCCCACCCUUUAAAAUGCCAUACCCGCACAUUCCAACCUCAUUUUGAUCGAUCGUCACCCUUUAUUCCAUUCUAUCCUCUCCUCGUUACAGCAACCCUCUUACCUUUUGCCGAGUCACUCAACCAUCAGGCUCUCUCCCUUCACAUCGACUUUCCAGCCUGGUUCCCGACAUUAACCUCUAAACGGAAGCCGGCCAUCUCCGUAAACGUCUUCCCCCUUAUAACGUCAACAACAUCACCGUCAAGAUCAGUGAAAAGCUAUUUGCCGGAAGUCGAACGUCACUUCCGCUCUUUCCACUUUCUGUUCGUCUCUUCAUGUCUACCUGUCUUCUUCGGCCACCUUCCAUCCUUAGUCGAUUUCUUGUUAUCUUUCAUUUUUUUCUCCUUUUACUCGAACUUUUUGCAUCUUUCUCGUUAUCCCAUUUUCACUUCCGACCUAAUUGCCACGUCUCUAUCUUUUCCUUUCCAUAUUCUCUCUUCAACAGUCUUUUUCUUUUAUUAUAAAAUUUAUUUUUUUUUUUUACUUUGGAUCUAA